UGGAUUCCUGGCUGAUGAUGGAGAUGGGUGUUUUUGUUUUGUUGGCUGUGGAGGAAACAUUGGCGGUGGUGUUGUUGCUUUUGUUCGGCCGGUUGGUUGGUUGGCUGGUUAGUGGUUGGUGGUUGGACACAUACAAUUUGUGACUCGCUUACUUGGCUGAAUGGUGUCCGCUGCAGCUCUCAGUUCAAAUUGAAUUUUCAUUGUGAAUGUUUGUUAUUCAUUUAACGGCUCGAAACUGUAAAUUUCUUUUUACCGUCGGCGGUUAAGUCCAAUAAAAACAGCUAAAGAAGAAAGAGAAAAGAAAAACAAAAACAAGUAACUGCGAGUGUUUUAUCUGCUCUUCGAAUCAAGGUUCUUAUUGGAAUCCGGUUUGAAACCAACCCACCCCGCCGUAACAAUAAAACCAGAAGGAAUACCAAACCAUCAUCAGCUUCUUUGGCUGUUAGUCGAAUAAAACAAGUUCAAGCAUAAAGAGUGUUUCGGCAGAGCGCGCGGUGUGAUGUGAAAAAAAGUUUUAUUGAAUUCAAUUUAUUGCCACUGAAAAUAUUUAUGACAAAAUUCGGAAUUUUGGUUGUGGCUGAAAAUAAAAAAACAAAACGCAUUUUCAAUGCAUGGAAGCUAUUGAUUAAGAACAGCCAUAAUAUUUUGAUGGACUUCACACGUUAAUGGAAUUUCAUAAUUUUAUUGCAAAUUAAUUGAAACUGCAGGAAGUUCCAAAAACCGGAAGUUUUGCCAAAAAAUAUAUCAAUUUUGUGUUGAAAAUUUAAAAGAAAGUGAAUCUUAAAAAAAUCCCAAAAUAAGUUUAUGUGUUAUCUUGAAACGUCGUUGUCCACCCAUUCCAUAUUGCUGCAACAAUAAUGGUUUUGGAACAACAAACUCAACAACCAGCAGCACAGCAACAUCCUCCCUCACCACAACAUCAUCCAAAUAUUCCGCAAUUACAUCACUCGCCCUUGGCCCGACAAUUGUCACCCGUGUCGCCGGCCAAUCCUUCCAACAACGGCAAUAGCAGCAACGGUAUUGUACCGCCUAAUAUGCCUUCGGAAGCAUUGCAUCCCACCGCUGCCCUACAAUUGUAUGCUGCUGCCGCUCAAUUGGCUCCCGGCGGUGUACGUGUACCGCCAUGGAAUCCUUUUUUGCAAUUCGGUGUGCCUGGCGUUUUUGGGGGCGCUCCGUUUUUGGGUCGGCCCCGUUUUGAGGCGAAUGGACCACAAAAUGCCGCCGCUGCCGCUCAAAUGGCUGCAAGUAAUGCCUUUGCCAAUUUAACCGGUCUAAGUGCGGCAAUGCGAAAUGUUUCGGCCGCUCAAACAACGGCUGCAGCUGCUGUGGCCUCGGCAGCCAUACAGCAUCGUCUUAUGAUUGGAAAUCGUCAGAAUAUGCCACCGACGGGACCACCAAGCGAAGGAUCAAAUGAUGAUGCGGGAUUUUCUGCCGAUGGCGACGAUGAGAGCAGUGCUGCUAAACGUCGCCGUUCUCGCACCAAUUUUAAUUCAUGGCAACUGGAGGAAUUGGAGCGAGCCUUUUCGGCCAGCCAUUAUCCCGAUAUUUUUAUGCGUGAGGCUUUGGCCAUGCGUUUGGAUUUGAAGGAGAGCCGUGUUGCGGUAUGGUUCCAGAAUCGGCGUGCCAAAGUUAGAAAACGUGAGCAUACCAAAAAAGGACCCGGUAGACCUGCCCACAAUGCCCAGCCCCAGACGUGUUCUGGUGAACCAAUCCCGCCCAAUGAACUUAAAGCUAAAGAAAGAGCACGACGUCGAAAGAAGCUUGCCAAGGCAAUCGAUCGACAAGCCCGCAAACUACAAGCCAAAGGCAUUACCGUCGAUUUGGAAGCCCUCAAGGCCGAAUACAUAUCUCAGCACAAAGCUAAUGGAACAUUUUCCGACUCGGAUCUCGAAGAUGAUAGCAUACAGAUCGAUGUUGUCGGCGGAACCGAAAGUGAUGAUGAAUGCGACGAUUUCGAUUUUCGUAGUCCGCGUGGCAGUGAUAUGGCCAACAACAGUUAUUCGCCCAGUGGCAGUCCCAACGGUCUCGGCAGUCCCAUGUCAAAUGGUGGCGGCAUCGACACCUCGCGAGACGAAGACAACAACAGCAAUCACCAACAGAUGCACAUGCAAAUGCAUUUGCCCAACGGCAGCGAAGGUUGUGACGUGAAGCCAUUCCUAUUUCCCGGCAGAGCCACAAAUUUCCAAAUAAAAUUACAAAACACCUCAUCAUCGUCAUCCUCACCCUCGCCCAAUCACCACCAGCAGACCUCACCGAUUAGCAUAAGACGCAGCAAUCCGUUUAGCAUAGAAUCACUGCUCUUCAACAAUACGUGAGUGCUAUAAGGCGGAGGUGGGAGGAGCCAGGUACAUAUAUUUUUAGCAAAAGAACCAAAAAACUAAAAGAAGAAAAAAUCAUGCAAAACACUUCGAAAUGGUUGGCAUUUAAAAUGAAAACACACCUCUAAUUUUGUCGGGUGACAAAUGGUGGCUCAUUAACAUUGCCGCAGUUAGUUAUUAUGCCAACGGUAGAAUGGAAAAAAUAAGCAUUAAGAGCAAGCAAAACAACAAAUUUACCAACAUGUUCCUUUUUUUUGUAUUUUAGACGUCUUUCCCAGUUUAAGGCUAAAAAAAACAUAUUAAUUUAAGUGUUUUAUUUUUUUCGUUUUGUUUUAUCGUUUCGUGCACUAUCGAAAUUCCUUUUCAAUGUUUAAAAAGGUAAUUGCAUUGUUUUAAAGUUAAUGUCUUCUUUCGGGGCAUAUCGUUAAUGCCUACCUACCGUAAUUCAAGACAGCAUCUCUUGUAAAUGUGGCAAUAUUUUCAAUAUCAAAAAACUCAUCGAAACAUUGUCGAAAAAAUCUGAUAGUUUGCUAUCGUUAUUUUUAAUGACAUGUAAAUGCCAAACAAAUUAUGUCGUUAUUAAGAAGCAAAUUUAUGAUGACUUAUUUCAAAAUCAAGAGCAAUUUAGUGAUAAUAUAAGAAAAUGAGAUCAGAAGUAUGUGACGAGAACUGAAACGGUGGGUUGAUAGCUUUGAAAUGUGCGUUUUUGUGAUUUCUCCACAAGUAAUUGUGGAAGUGUUGUUGAGUAUAUUUGCACAGUCCGCAUAAACUUUGAACAAUUCCAGAGUCGUCUAGGAUCAAAUCUCGAUUCAUUGCGAUUAACAACCGUUUCCUGAUUAAAGAAACGUUGUGCAAGAUGAUGUAUCAGUGAACGAUUAAAACCGAUUCUUGUCAAUGAAAUAAUUAAGUCCUUGUUAGGGCUGCAUGAGUAACGCCAGAAGAGUAUCGUUGGUCUCCCCACCAAAUAUUUUCAAAAGAUGGCUUUUAAAAUAUUAUAUUCAAUUUUACUGGCAAUAUUAUUGGAUUGAAAAAUUGUAUACAUUCCAAACUAAGAUUCUAAAUUUUUUAAAAAAUUAAAAAAAAUCAAUUGAAAAUUAAGAACGGCGUUUUUAAUUAAAUAUUCAAUUGACAUUGACACAGUAAAUAUCGUAUCGUUGCCUGCUGUAACCUGCCGCAAAACUUAUUGAGAAUCUUUGUUCAUAGUCUUUUAGAAUCCGACCGGGAGUACUCUUGAGAGUAUGCUUUACUCGUUCCUAUUUGCCUAUCUUUACAUGAGAGUCAAAAGUAUUCGCCAGUGAAAUUACUUGAAGAGUAAGAGAAGAAGUUUCCCAUCCUCCACCCAUCGUUCUUUCCGCCCAUUUGUUUUAUGUGGCAAGUACUCCUUUUUGAAAAGUACUCCCUUUUGAAAAAAUAAGAGUGAGGCGAGCACUUUUUUGUUGAAAAAAUUAAAGUGAGUUUAAAAAUGUUUGAAAUGUUUACUCCAAAGCAUGGUAAAAUUAAGGAGGUAAAGUCAUUUCAAAUGAGACUAUCCUUCUCUUCAUAUUCCGUAAUUUACCUUGUCAAAUUUCACUAAAUAAAAAACAGGGUUCUAUCUCUGAUUUCUGUGUAUACAAUGGAUUUAUAAAUAUAAAUUUUGACAGCCAGAUGUUGUCAAAUGAAUAAUUUAA